CUUCGCCGUGAUCCCCAAAUUCCGAUACUCGCAUCGUUAAUUUUUUGUUUCUCUAACAUCUACAUCUUGACCUCCCAGAGUUGGUGGUGUUGGCUGAGGCGCGCUUUGUAGAGUGAAUCCCAGGUCGAUCAAGUAGAAACUCGGGGUUAAACACCACCCCCGAUUUCUCAACCGGAAGACUUCAACCUCACCGCCGCCGUUGUCCUUCCUUCUCACUGCUUCCACGGUACCCUAAGCAGCCAUCGACGUUUCUGCUCUACGUACGGUUAGCCAGAUAACAUCCCGGUAUGUCUUGGGUUCCGGUCGCAGCAGCAAUUGCUGCUGCACUCGCUGCAGUAUUCGUGGGCUACAAAUUCCUUGCAGGUGGAGCAUCCUCAUCGCGAAAGAUCCUCAAGCCAGACGCCUUCCAGGAGUUCCCUCUUGUCGACAUCAAGAAGACAUCUCACAAUGUCGCAAUCUACCGCUUCGCUCUUCCCAAGCCUACCGACAUUCUCGGCUUGCCCAUCGGACAGCACAUGUCUCUUGCGGCCACGCCCAAAGGUGCAGAGAAAGAGGUGGUCCGUUCGUACACUCCCAUCUCUUCAGAUGAGGACAAGGGUUGGUUCGAAUUAUUGAUCAAGGCAUACCCUCAAGGCAAUAUCAGUGCGCAUAUGACCACACUCAAGGUUGGAGACACCAUGAAGGUUCGUGGACCCAAGGGAGCCAUGGUUUAUCAGCCGAAUCUCUGCAGACACAUUGGCAUGAUUGCUGGAGGUACGGGCAUCACUCCCAUGCUGCAGAUCAUCCGAGCCAUCAACCGUGGACGACCCAGGAACGGAGGCAACGACCGCACCAAAGUUGACUUGAUCUUCGCCAACGUCAACCCUGAUGACAUCCUUCUGAAAGAGCAACUGGAUGCGCUCCACAAGGAAGACCCAGAUUUCAGCGUCCACUAUGUCUUGAACAACCCACCUGCAGGUUGGACCGGCGGUGUUGGCUUUGUGACUGCAGAUAUGAUCAAGGAGAAACUACCUGCCCCGGCGUCAGACAUCAAGAUCUUGAUCUGUGGUCCACCGCCUAUGGUCAGUGCAUUGAAGAAGGCAACAGAGAGUCUCGGAUACCAAAAGGCUCGGCCUGUUAGCAAGCUUGAGGAUCAAGUUUUCUGCUUCUAAAUGGGUGGUUCAAAGAGAUUUCUGUGUCGGCAGGAGAAGAGAUUUGACACAUCAUACCAUCUGGGGGACAUUUUGAUGGUACGCUGAGCAUUACUGAGCAUUAAAGACACUGCAUUGCAACUGUCAAUACUCUACACCUUAGACAAUGUGCGCGGUGGCAAUUCCGGGUUGGUGAUGAUUGCUCCUCUGCAAUUCCAACUGAAUAGAUAAACCUCGAGACCAAAAAAAUGAAAGUGAGAAGAGUUGUACUCAUAGUGCACAAUCAGAUCGAUGUCAGAAGUGAUA